AAAAAAGCCAUGCAAAAUCAUUUCUUGCAAUUACAUCGAGGGCAAGGAGCAUCAGGCUGAAUAUAAAAGUGGAGAGAAGGCAGAAGCAUUUGUGAAUCUGCAAAAGACAGGAGAUUUAUAAAUUGCAAAAAGUCAAAUACCUGUCAUGGAUCAAGCUGCAGAUGAUAAAUCGGCGCGGCAUAUUGUGUCACAGACAGCAAAGCUCAAUAUAGGCAGUGCUGGCCGUAGCAUCUUUCCAUACGAAGAUGUUACGGCUCUACUCGAUAGCGCAACCAAAGAUCUGAAAGUGGGUCAAUUGAUCCAACUUGAAUCGUUCAGUUUAUUUGAUGCAAUGUGCGCAAUUGUGAUCAUGGAUCCAAAAAUGGAUACAGGAAUGAUCCUAGAUGAAUAUGCGGCACGUCCUCACUAUGAUGUCAACCGCCUAUUGAAUCCCAAGGAGUUUAUUUGGAUCAUUGACCAGAUCCUCAUCGGACAGAUGACAUGGCUCUCAGGGCAUGCCCUUUCCCAGACACUCUUCACCAGUUGCUACAUUCUCCGUGUUUUCGAAAUUAAUCUGGAAAUAAGGGAAGAAAAGGAUGACAUCUUAAAGGCAUCAGUUGAAUUUGUUACUAUUGUACUCAAGCCAUGUGUGUUGGCCAUCGCCAAGACAUGUGCUCUGAUAUCGAGCGAGAUGAAGAAAGGCCAAACUUAUGAGGAAGAAGACUUUAUGACCAACAUGUUCGGCAUAUCACUCUAUGAGCAAUAUCCGAUGGCCUCUUUGGUAGCAAUGCUCGAUCAGGCUGAAUAUUGGAUGGAAAGCGAAGGAGCUCGAUGGAUUAAAGCGACAAAUAAUGAGACCGAAGCUCCAGAUCUGAUCAAAGCUGUUAUGGAGAGAGUUCAUUAUGCUAGAUCCUUAUUUUUGUCACUCUUUCAAGUCCUUGCGCCGAAAUGCUCCAUGUUUCUUCAGGCGGUACCACAGCUGGAGAAUGUGCGUAAGCAUGUUGAAUGUAUCAAGGCUACACAUGCUUUGGGCAUUGAGGUCAACGGUGCAUUCGACAAUACGAUCCAUCGUAAACUUGUGACAAACACGCCGCCUCGAGCUACCGCUCUCUUGACAUCUGAAGAGACAUUUGAUCAGUUGGAUCAGAUGUGCGUGGACUUGACCCGUAUUGCGAAAGCUUUGCUCUUCCGAGAUGCUACCAAUCUAUUUAGUUUUUUCGUUCAAUUUGCUGGGCAAAAGCCUGCACCGGGUGCAUUCCCAAGAUCUGUUCUUCAGACAGCACUUUAUAGUGAUGGGAUCAUCAUGGGAUCUCGCAAAGUCCAGGAAGUGAUUCGGGAUAGCAUUCAAGCCACUGUUACGCCUGCAUCAUGGCUCUUUGAGUCCUUUGACACAUUGCAACAUAAAUUGGAAGGAACAACGACAACGACGAGCGGCUCCUCAAGCAAUGUUUUGGAAUCUAUACCUGAGCAUGAGGAGAUGGAAGAGAAUGAUGAGCUAUCCUUGCUGAAAAGACAGACUCAGGCUAAGGUGGUUCUUUUUGUAGAUAAAGCGAUUAAACCUUUUGUAGAUACACUACAGCUUGCUGGGCAAAAUACUUCGCGUCAACGACGAAAUCUUCGAAAAAUUGUACAACUCUGGGAAACAUUUCAGGAUGAAGCCGAAGCGUUUGAUGAUGAAAUUCAUACAGUAGCGGAUGAAAUACUGGCACAUGAGGAUCUUGAGAGUUAUAUGAUUCAUACUGCUGCAGUACAAGAGGGAACUAUUAUCAGACCGUUCUACUUUGUGUCAUGGGUGUAUCAUAUGAAGCUCUUUGCCAUGGAAUGGCUGUUGCUUCUUGGCUUUGAGCUCGAGCUUUACUCUACAUUUGAGAUCUCUAUGAUAUACGGAUACGUCGAAUGUGUAUUGGGGGCCCAUUCCCAACAUCUUCUACGGAUUCAAAGAUUUUCUGAAUCAGAAAAAAAGCAUGGCGAAAACCCGUUGUCAAAGAAGAGAAAAAAGAAAAAGAAAAAACCUUUGGGAGCCGGUCAGAAUACGUUUUCUACACCAGUGUCUGUUGAGAACGCCCAGUCCGCUGCCUCUACAACUCAGUUAAGCUUAGAGAUCCCGAAUGCUACCACUGCAGCUACUACUGUAGAUUAUAAUACGAAAAACAAUACUACUCCUACUCCAACUCCCGGUUCAGUUGGGUCACCAUCCACAUUGGAUUCGCAUCCUCUGGAGUUAGCAUCUACACCAACGAUUCGAGUAAUGCAAGAAAUUAUCACCGUCCGAUUGCAACUGGCUUGUGGAGAGUUUUUGGUUCUAGCUGCAUUAACCAAGGUGGGUCAUCUCACCACAACACCACCAUAUCUGGCCAGCCAUGGUCUCAAUGAUUUAGAGACACUUCACCAGCAUCGGUUCAAAGCAUUUCACCACCUUUCUUCUCCCGAGACUUUAUCUUAUGAGGCCUAUCUACAGCGAUUGAACUGCGGUGGAUUUGACGCUUGGCAAAUUUUGACUGACGCGACUAACUAUUUCAGCGAAGCAAAGUCUCACUUGGAUCGCCUGCAGUCCAUGUCUACGGUGGAGGCACGAGUCGAGCUGUCUGAAGAAACUUGGCGCAAGGACAUCAAGGAUAUGAUCAAGGUCUGCAUCGCCAGCAAACUUGCAAUCGUUAAUCUACUAAAGGAUCCACGUAUUGUUGAACAAAAAGAAUACCGUGAAGAUCAGGAGAAGCGUGCUGCUAUCAAGAAAGGCAAGGCGAAACAUGGAAUCAUGACAACAUCCAUUCGCAAUGCAGAAAUCGCUUCAAAACGUGUAGAUCCACCCUAUCAUUUCAAGAACCCGGCAAGAAAGCCUCAUUUUGAGUGGAAGUACCAUGCCUGGUGGCCAGUCGUUAGUCUUGUUUAGUCUGGCCCCUAGAAGAGCUAGUAACUGUUAUGAUGUUUUAUGAAAAUAUAGAACUGAAACAAAGAAACUAGACUACUAAGUAGUAAAUAUAGUCUGCUAAUACGCAGAAGUCUCUGCAAAUUUAAGGAUCUCGUCGAAAUAGUCGGAGCUGAUCUUCUGUACAGUGUUCAC